AUGGUGUUCUCCAUCUCCAACUCACUCUUCUGUUUCAUCUUUCUCUUUUUCUUUCAACCCUUUCAUGCUGUGGUGGCUGAAGAUGCUUCAUUUCGACGACCCUUUUCGACCCACGAAAGACCCGUCGUUGUCAACUGUAGAGAUUUGGUGUUGAAGUCAAAGUGCUCACAGAACUCCAAAUGCAGGUGGUGCACCAGUCAAGUUCUUGAUGAUACUUGCUUUGCUAAAUCUGAAGCUUUAAGGUUGCCUCAUCAGGUUUUCUCUUGUUCAGAUUCAGACGCGGAGAAGAAUAAUUCCUCCAAAUCAGAGGCAGAAGCAACAACAUCGUCUUCACUUUAUCAUCAUAAUCCAUCCGAAUUAGCCUUUGAGGAUGAAACAAUUGAGAAACCAAUCGAGUCAUCUGAAAAAAAAUAUUUUUGCGAGAAAGCUGACUCUAUGGACACCACAUGGAUCAUCAACUCCAUAAAUACAUCCAGUAUAUCACAAUCACAUGCUGCAACAAGGAAAGACAUUUGGCUAGACGUGGAAGAAAGAUUCGCUGAAACCAACGCACAGCGUAUCCACCAAUUAUGGAGAACUCUGAGUUUACUUCAGCAAGAAUCUAAGAUGACUGUAACUGAAUAUUACAACAGGUUUAAACGUCUUGCCGAUGAGCUAAGUGAAGAACAGUCACUUCUUGAAUGGAAAUGUGAAGCUGCUAAACAGACUAUGCAGAGAGAAGAAGGCAGUCUCGUUCAUCAAUUUCUUAGUGGUCUUGAUGGAUAUCUUUAUGCUGACAUCAAAAGAACCAUUUUAAAUAUUGAUCCACUUCCUUCCCUUAAAGAAACUUUCAAUUACGUAUUAAGGGAAGAAUUGAGGAUCAAUGCAGAUAAAAUAAGGGAAGUGAAGCAACAAACAAGUUCUGGUUUUCAUUCUUCCAAACAGAAAAAUAGUGAUGAUAUAAGGACGGAAUGUGACGAUUGUGAAACAAUUGGAUUACAAGACGGAUCUGAUUUUUUCGACUAG